CCUUCUUUCUGACAAAAUAUUAUCCCAUGUGAACGUAGAGUGGUCUGUUGAUGUAACAGAAAUUGUUCAACAUGGUAAAGCUGAACGUUUCUCUGCUUAGAUACAUGUCUAAAGAAGACUUUAGAAUCUUAACAGCCGUUGAGAUGGGAAUGAAGAAUCAUGAAAUUGUUCCAAUGUCACUUAUAAUUCAAAUUGCCAAUCUGAAGCAUGGCGGUUGCCACAAAAUUAUAAAAGAGCUUGUCAGGAAAAAGUUGCUGGCAUAUGAUAACUCAAAGCAAGGAUCUGGCUACAGAAUCACUUAUAGUGGAUAUGAUUACUUGGCUCUGAAAACACUGACAGCAAGAAAUGUUAUACAUUCAGUUGGAAAUCAAAUUGGAAUGGGAAAAGAAUCAGAUGUUUACAUCGUUGCUGAUGAAGAAGGAAAACAAUAUGCAAUGAAAUUACACAGACUAGGGAGGACAUCAUUUAGAAAACUGAAGAUAAAACGAGAUUAUCAUUGCCAUCGUAACACAGCAUCAUGGUUGUACCUGUCAAGAUUAGCAGCAGUAAAGGAGUUUGCUUAUAUGAAGGCAUUGUACGAUAAUGACUUUCCUGUGCCAAAACCAAUUGACUUCAACAGACAUUGCGUUAUAAUGGAACUCAUGGAUGCUCAUCCAUUGUGUCAAAUAGGUGAAAUGAAUUCACCUUCAUCUGUAUUCAAUGAUUGUAUGGAAUUAAUCCUGACGCUUGGCAGUUUUGGCUUGAUCCAUUGCGACUUUAACGAAUUCAAUCUUAUGGUUGAUGAUAAUGAAAAUGUGAAGGUCAUCGAUUUCCCGCAAAUGGUCUCGAUUUCACAUAUCAAUGCUGAGAUGUACUUUGAUCGAGAUGUUCAGUGCAUGCGAGAUUUCUUCCGUCGUCGUUUUGGAUUCGAGAGCGAAAUAUUUCCAAAAUUUGAGGAUAUCAGGCGGAUGCAUAAUCUCGACAAAGAAGUAGCUGCUAGUGGUUUUUCUAAAGAAAUGGAGGUAGAGUUCGAUGAGGUUGUCAAAGAUUUGGAACCUGGCGAUGACGCUGAUGUAGAUGAUGACUGCGAAGAUGACAACAAAUCCGAAGACCUCAGUGACGGUGACCAAGAAAGCCCCGAAAAUAACGAACUUGAUAAAAGCGAAGACAGACAAACGGCAUCAACAUCAAAGGACGAGCACAAAGAAUCAGAAAGCCAAGAAGGCUCGGAAGUGUCGUCUAGUUCAGGGUCGGAAGAAUCAGAUUCAGAGGCAUUAACGAAUAAAAACAGAGAGCAAAAACCGUUUAGAGACAACCAGGAUGAAACCGAGGCUGCAGAGGCAGACACGAGACCUCGGUCAGUGCGACGUCGUGAGGUGCUUAAUGAAGGUGAAAUAAAAAGGCGAGUUAAGAAGACAAUAACGGACAGAAAAAAGCUAGAGAGAAAACGAAGACUUAGAAAGGGAGAGUCAAGUGUUGUAACGAAAUCAAGAAACGAAAACAGAAUUAUAAUAAAGGAAGAGCAAGAUCAGUAGAGUAGAGAAAAUAAAAGCUUUUUGUACCAAGGCCUCUUUGUCCUGCUUAGAUUGUCACAUGCAAGACCUACUUAGUGAGCCUCUAUUUCGCUAAUGAAUUUCGGAGAUAUUAGAGUAUUUUGUCGUUUUCAGAUCGGUUGUUCACAACAAAGUCUUUCUAAGCUAUUUCAAACAAUCGACUUAUGAAAAAGGUUACAGAAAACAAGUUUAUUCGAUCGCGUAUUAGCAAGUAACUCUAGUAAGGCUACUAAGGAUGUAUUUGAUAUAUAUUUUAAAAAAUGAGCCUCAACAUUGGACAGUUUUCCCAACCAUUUCGUACUCUAUAGUCGCUUGAAAUAUUAACGUUUAUUCUUGCAAAUCUUUUCGAACACCAACACAAAAAUCCAACAAUCUUUUCAACUUGCUUUCCCUGCUUCCAUUACAAUAUUGCUAAAAUUGAAUUAUCAAUGUUGCCACUAAAAUUCUAAUUCGCGUUGGCUUUACAAUUGUCUUUACUAAAGGAAACUAAAUUGGUAUAGGGAGUGGAGAAUACUUUUGCAACAAGUCUGAUAACUUGAAGUGGUGGCACAAAGCUGGUAUCGUAAAUUCUGAGACUGUACUAUAACGGUGUCUCAAUCAUUUACAUCGUUAAGACCACAGCAACGGUGGUAUCAUGAAAGCUCAGAGAUGACUACUGAGAAACAAACUUUUCUUAUAAUUUAGUAGUAAUUGACGUCAAAUUAAAGCUGAAAGUAAGAAAUCCUAGCUAUGUACACGUUAAAAAUUGCAUGAUGUGUGCGAUAUACUUGAGUCAAAGUGUGCAGGGAUUCGCGUCCUAUAAAUAACAACUUCUCAAGAAGUAAUGGAUGGGUUUAGCUUGUUUAGCUUCGUCACGUGAGGGCUUGGUUUAGAGCAAUUUUAUUGAGCUUCAGUUGUUGCUUUGAAUGCAAGUAAAAAUAACUAAGGCCACUUUUAACGCUUGCUGGUUAAGGAGGAAGCUUACUGCAAAUGUAACAGAGUCCAAUUUGAUGUCAUUUGACCAGUGCGUGUGACAAGUUUGGCAGCAAAGGACCAGAAAGAGUAUGUAAACGAGGCUAUGGUCUAGUGAACACCAGAUUUUACUAUGCACCUCCUUAUGGGGCCAGUAUUAAACAACUCCUGCGGUCUCCUGGCUAAAAAAAUCAAUUCAUGAAAAAUAUUUCCGAAUUGAAGGGGGCCAACCUUAGAGAACAAAGUCCUAUCGUAGUAAAUCACGGACAUGGGCCAAUCAUUGCUUCAACCAUCGGUCUCGAUUAUUAAUAAACAUACGAGUUUAGAUAAUUUGAAUUCUUUAACGCCACAAAGCUGUCUUCAAGACUCCUUUUUCCCAAAAAUGUUCUCGUUGUAAUGUAAAAUGUAUGAAAAUUAUCAAGGAGUCUGCAUUGUUCCGCAGAAUCUGGGACAACCAUUGCAAACAAACCCAUACUGUCAUGCGACUGUAAGGUAAACAACACGAGAAGCCCGCGAUGGCCCGCAGAAUAAAGCGUCAACUGGAUCAGAAACUCCGCCUAAAUCACGAUUUACUUAACUACAUCUAAAAUUAUUACUCCCAGCCGGUAAUUGUACAAAAUGACUAAAGUCUUAAUAAUCCGACACUAAAGCGUGAAUAAUUUUUUUUAAAAUGGCCUAGAGACUACGAUUCAAGCAACUUAAAAUAACGAAAAAAUACGAAAGCCUAAGAAAUAUGAUGGAUGAAUGGAGAUUCUAUCGACACAAUCUAUAUGGCCUACUGGAACAUCUGGAGAAUUCACCCGAAUAACGGGUAGUAAAAACCUAAUUCUCUACUCUGGAAAAAAUGCGAAUUUGUUUCUUGAACAGUGCCCCGGUAAUUUCUUACCGCAGGCUCUGCCUGUUUAGCAAAGGACAAAUAGUAACAUACUGUUUGCCAAAUGCAAGCAUAAUAUCUAAGCUAUAUUUUAUUUCAAGCUUUUAUUACCUAUAACAUAUUGUUGUGUACUCAUCUUCAUUUUCCCGUUCAAUUCACAGCUUUCCGCUGCUUUCCGUUUUUGAGACUUUCUCACUCCAUGUCAUUUCUAUUUGCUUCAUAACUUCAGAGGCAUUCGUGCAUUAGAAUAUGGGCAAGGGAGGGAAAACAUGCUUUAAAAGAACAUUUGAAAAGAAAGAAUUAAAAGGAGCUUCCCAUGGGUAUUGCUCUGAGGUUUGUCUUGCAACUCCAAGACUUAACUGACGGUCUAAACAAUUCCCUUGCUGAAAAGGUUUAAGACUGUAUUCCCAAAAGUAAACGAUUUUUGGCAAGGGCGAUUUAUAUUUCAGACAACGGACGUGGGGUUCUGGUGGACCUAUUGGAUUGGCGCAUUAUGUCUUAAUUUGACGAACUAAAUAAACGAAUUCACGCUUUGUCGGUUAUCAAUAGUACGGGAACUGCAUGUCCGAUGGUCUUUGCUGUCCCAUCUGCUGUUGCUGUUGAUAAUUUAGCAGUUUUUGCUGCUGUGCAUUUGGUGAUGGCAUACUCUGAGGAGUUUGCUGAUGACCGUACGGAACUUGGCCUCGAGCUGACUGUUCGAAACCUCGACUGCCUGACGAUUGAAGCAUUUGUCUUGCUAAAUUUAUUUCGCUGACUGGUAAAUUAUAAGGAGAAGACUGGCCUCGACUGCUUCCAACUGCACUUGAAUCCAUGUAGUCGUAAGCAUUGUCCGACCCUGGAAGAUUGAACUGGCCGGCUCCUGGCCAAUUUGGUUGGCUCGCGCCAUACAUUGCCUGGUCAUACUGUGACGUCGGGGGCUUACCUAUUGACGUUUGUGUUUGCUCUUGCUGACGUCGGGCCAAUGCUCGAAGCAUCUCCCCAGCCUGCGAGUUUGAGAAAUC